GAGUGACUGCAGAGAAAAGCCGACACUGAGGAAGUCUCAGACUGUGAUGCAGCCAAACCCAGGUGAGCAGGGUGGUCUGUCCUUCAACCUGCAGGCAGAGCUUCACACCGGGACACCCAGCCCUCCUGCUGCUGACAGCGGACAGGUGCGGGUGUCCAUGACCGGGGGCUCCGGAGAGUCCAGUGGAGGCACAUCCUCCAGAAGAUCCAGGCUGGGCUCCCACUCCCAUCCACAUGGACACGGUGGGACCCAGCACCACUCCAACUCAGAGUCUGAACUGGACCCCCCUGAGUCUGAUGUGGACUCUGGAGAACCCAGUGCCUCCCUGGCUGAACUCCGCUGUGUGUUCCAGUGGAUCCAGAAGAGCCUUCCUUUCCUGGUCUUACUUUGUGUUAAACUGUUCAUCCAACACGCUCUGGCACAUCUUCUGUGACGAGUGCAUCGCUCUGUGGUUCAACAGAGAGAAGAGCUGUCCUCUGUGCCGAGCUGUCAUCACAGACCAGGUGUACAGAUGGAGGGAUGGAGCCACGUCACCUCACCUGCAGAUCUACUGAUCCACACAGGAGCUGAGUGUGUCUUUAUCUGAUUUUAUGUUUCCUCCUCUUCAAACCACACUGAGUAUUGUCUCACCUCUUUUAUAGUUCAGCUAAGGGCUCGAUAUGCUGAAGUCAUUAUAAACACAUCACUUGCACAGAAAUGUGUUUUAGACUGUCCACUUCAUCCUUUCUUCCACAGUUGACCUGAUCUUUAUGUCUAAUUUGUUUUCCUUUGUGUCACAUCAGUAUAAAUACUCCUGAUGGAGUGAAA